ACGUUUCCACUCUGAGUCAAACUGGACUUCAGAUAGUCAGCCGUCCCUUGAUGCACAGGAUCAUACAUCUUGUCUCUCCUGAAACACACCAAUUAACACACUAAUACAAGUAAAAAGGUUUUCUCCCAAACUCAAAACUGAACCAAAAGAGAGACGCAAGAAUUUCAAAGUACGCAACCAAAAUAUUUUGGUCGACAGCUCAGAACAGAACCAAAAACCAUAAACAGCCAAAACAUGCCUUCUCUUUGGCACCGUCUAAUCACAGGUCGACAGCGUUACAAGCAAGCAGCAACCCGCAACCAAAGGAAAAAUAACCUCAUUAAAACCUAUGCGGGUGAUGAUAAUGAUGAUUACCAUUAUUCGGCCAUGUUUUAUUCGUUGGCCAAUCUUUGGUGUGAAAAUGAUUUAUCGCCUUCGAAGAAUUACUUCGACCUUGAUGCGUACCGAAGGAUGCAGUUUGCAUCUGCUCAAAACGUUUCCGGGAGCAACAACCCAUUAAUUUAUGGAAACAAUUACCAGGACCUCCAUUCAAAAUACAAAAAUGGUGUGUUGAACAACGCCAUACACAGCAGAAGACUUUCGUCAACAAACUCGAACGAACGUGUGAAAGGUUCUUCGACUUUGCUGAGAAAUAAGCACAAGAAGAAUAACAAGAAGAGUUCUAAGAUGAGUUUCUUUGAAAAGAUUUCCAACAGGAAGGACAAACGAGCCUACGACAAUUCCAAAUACCUCCUGGUUCCUCCGAAUUCGACUGCGGCAUCGGAAUUGAGAAUGGCAUCAAAUGUCUGUGUGAACUACGUGAGCGCAUACAACAACAACAACAACAACAACAGUAAUAGCAAAAACUAUAGAGAUGACGUCAGCAGUGGGUACGGCGGAAUUGGUCCAGGGGGUGGUGGCACUAACGCGACGAAGAUCAAUGAGUAUGUGCCGAAGAGUUUCAGACAUCUCGCAACUUCCCUGGCGCUUCGAGGCCACAAAGUGAUCAGCGACAAAUUUGACAUCACUGACUUCAAUUACGUCAACAACCAGAACAACAACAAUAAAAAUGUCGACAAUUAUCUCUACCACGAUGGCGGCAACAACUUUCCGCAUCAGAUAAUCUGUACAAAGCUGCAGGAACCGACCGAGAACAUCAUCAGCGGCCAAUUUGUUUUGGCCAAAAGGAAACAGUUUUAUAACAACGUUGACCUCAGUAGCAGUAGUAGUAGUGGCAACAGCAGCACCGGGGAGGAACCGAUGUCAACAAGCUUUGGCAGUAGUUCGAUCUCACAGGCCUGGGACUGGGAAGUGAAGAAUGAAGGCCACCAACACAACCAGCCGCAAACGGGCGGACGAACUGCAAGGAAUUCUACGACAGAGGAUGAUUUGGGGUUCGUCGAUUCACGUGAUUCGGACGAGGAGUGGAGACAGGAAAUUUUCUCCACCGCCACCAUGACCACCACGACGACCACCAUCAACAACAACAUCAACAACAACAAGAAAAGCAACGCAGCAUUAACAGUGGGGAACGACGAAGGUCGGCUGAGCGACAACGGGUCCCUGGUGGAACUUCAGAGACAACAGAUAACGAGGAAAUUGUCGAUUGCUAACUACAUCAGCGACAGCAGCAGGAGCAGCAGCAGCAGCAGCAGCAACAACAACAGCAACAAUAACAAUAACAACAACAACUGUGGCAAAAGAAGGAAUGAACUGGACAAUUUGAGCAAAAUAAUUAAGAAUAAUAAUAAUAAUAACAACAACAACACUGAGAUUCAGAUAGUUAUAUCUACCAUCCCAGACACAGGAAAUGAAAUUGAUAAUGUGUUUUUAUAUUAAAUAUCACAUUAUUGUGUGUGUGUGUGUGUGUGUGUGUGUGUGUGGUGUGUGUGUGUGUGUAUGUGUGUGUGUACCAUGUAAAAUAACCAACACAUGUGAAAUAUUUCACCUGGGCUUUCUCCCUUCCUCUCGUGGUUAAUUUUUCUACGCCUUCCCACAGUAUAUCUGUAAACCUGAAGAAGAACAUAUUGCCCGUAAUAUCAUAAUUAUUAACUCUUUCCAAUUCUUUGAUCUUGAACAAAUAAAUAUAUGUGUGUAAGUGUGUAUGUAUGUGUAUGUCAGACCACUGGAGUUUGGGUGUAUAUAUGUAUGUAUAUGUACAUUUGUGUGUGUGUGUGUGUGUGUAGUUUGAGGUGCGUUUGCAGACUCAGGAAAGGGGUGGUUGUCAACCCUAUGCACACCAUACCCACAUCGCCCCUACCUCCCUCUUCCCUUCCACCCCAACUCCUCCCAUCCCUCAACCAUUCCCCCCUCACUACCUGCCUCACUUCAAAAUUCCGCUUCUCACUAAAACUCUCUACCUCAUCCCACAUCCCUUCCUCUUCCCAUUCCUCUGCAGCUCUCUUCAAUAUGAAGGAAGAGGAGUCUCUAUGUGAUGGUUUGAUCUGGUAGAAAUAGCAGCCAAAUCUUCCUCAAAUCACACCUUACUCUCUUAUCUAUGUAUAUAUGUAUGUAUGAGCCAGUCAAGAAGCUACAUAGUAGGACCCUAUGCUUCUGAUAGGACCUUAUGGAAGAGGGGCCUAAGGAUUCUACCCCCAUGAUCCUCCUGUGAAUAGUGGAUGGAAGAGAUGGGUGGUAAUCAUGUAGAGAGACAAGGAAAUAAUAUUUAUCUUAUAAAAGGAUUUUUUAAAUUCAAAAUUUUAUUCAAAGACCCCUAAUCACAAAGAACCCCAGAAUUUUUUCGUAUAACCAUCAGGAUUCUCAGAACCCAUUUCAAGAAACUCUGGCAUAGGUAACCAUUUUCUGGGGUUUUGAAUGUACCAUGCACCUUCUAGAAUGUAUGGUGAAUUUUGGAGAUAUUUUGGAGACUUAUUCUAGGAGAAUGAUGCCAAGAAAUACAGCAAUUGUCUUUAGAGUGUAUAUAUUUACAAAAUUGAUAACUCCUCUACAUACCAUGUAGAUAACAAUUUAAAACAUGAAUAUCUAUGCCAAAUUUCGUAUCACUUUUUCGUAUCAAUUUUUGUCAUUUUUUAAUUUAUUUUUGUAGAUUUUCUAAAAAACCUAGAGCCAGCAGUGAAGGUUACGUCUCGUACACGAAUAUAUCUAAGUAGACAAUAUGAUCAAAGAUCCCCUAUUUUUUCAAUCUUUGAUCACACUGAUUACAUAAAUGUAUUUGUAUAUGAGACAUUGCAACUUUCAGAGCUGCCUCUGUAUUUGGUUUAAAAUCUAUUGAGUUAAACUAAAAAUGAGAACAUUGCACUGCUAACACACAAAGGAAAGACACUGUAUUAACUUUAAUAUACUUGGUUGCAUAUUAUGGUUGCAAAACAAAAUACUCUGUCCUUACCAGCAAUUAAAACAAUUUUUGUAUAUACUCUAAAUUUCGUAUAGGUAUUGGCACGUAAAAGCACCCUCUACAUUCUCGGAGUGGUUGGCGUUAGGAAGGGCAUCCAGCUGUAGAAACACUGCCAGAUCAGAUUGGAGUCUGGUUUGCCAGUCUUCAGUUAAAUCAUCCAACUUAUGCUAGCAUGGAAAGCGGACAUUAAAUGAUGAUGAGGAGGAGGAGGAUGAAAACAGAUGCCUCCACUCUAUUUCGUUUCAUUCACUUUUGAUAUCUCCUCUACAUUUCGUUUGUCUAAUUACAAAUUGACAAACUUGAUGCCUAUCCUAUCUCCCUCCAGCUCCAGCAGUCUCCUGCUCUCUCUUCCAAGACAUGAGAAGUCACAUCACUCUUCUACAGUAAAAAACCUCUCCUGUUUCUGGUCCCCGUUUUCAUAGAUUUUUUGGCCCUUUUUUAGCCCUUCAUCUCCCAGCAUACAUCUGCACCCUUCCUAUUAUACACAUAAGACCUGUAUAUAUAAUAUGUUUACCUUUACAUGUGUAUUGACCCCCAUAUAUAAAUAGCUGUCUAUAUGUUUAUGUGCGAAAGCGGCAAGCUGGCAGAAACGUUAGCACGCUGGGCGAAAUGCGAAGCCGUAUUUCGUCAGCCGUUACAUUCUGGGUUCAAAUUCCGCCAAGGUCGACUUUGC